UCUCCAGAGGAUCAAUGAUGUCUGUCCUGCAGAUCCGCCGCUCCGAGAAGGACAUCUUACAGAGCAGAGCAGCGGAGAUACAGCGGGAGAUUCAGCUGGGUGAGAGAAAGAUCUUCAGUGAGGUGCUGGAUCUGUCUUCAGGAGAUCUCCACGCUGGAGGAAUAAAGCCCAUCACCUUUGUUCGACAGGUUCUGGCUGCUUGCUCAUAUCCAGCUCUUCUGGAGGACCAGAGUCUGCCUUCAGAUGUCCGGCGGAGAGCUGAAGAUCUGCUCAAAGAAUGUGAAGGUGGAAGUGUGGGCUCGUAUUCGGAAUCCUCUGGAAUGGUCAAAAUCAGAGAGUGUGUGUGUGAGUUCAUCAGCAGACGAGAUGGAGGAGUUUCUUCCUCACCGGACAACAUCUUCAUCUCAACUGGCUCUCAGACGGCCCUCAUGAAGCUGCUGACUGUGCUGAUCCGCCCGGAGGACUCGUGUCGGACCGGUGUUCUUGUCCCAGAGCCCGGUUACGCCACCUUCAGGCUGGCCCUGCAGGCGCAGCGGGCCGCUAUCAUCCCGUACCAGCUGUGUGAAGAUCAGGGUUGGACACUGCACAUCCAGGAGCUGCGCAGAGCCCUGCAGGGCGCCACACACACCUGCACACCUGCUGCUAUCUACAUCUGCAACCCCGGAAACCCCACAGGUCACAUACAGAGCAGGACGUCUAUAGAAGAAGUGAUCCGCUUUGCUGCAGAAGAAAAGCUCUUCAUACUGGCGGAUGAGGUGUACCAGGACUGUGUGUUUGCAGACGAUGCUGAGUUUGUUUCCUAUAAGAAGGUGUUAUCAGAGAUGGAGUCUCCUAUCAGCAGCACUGUAGAGCUGGCCUCCUUUCACUCAGCAUCCAAGGGCUUCAUGGGAGAAUGUGGUCUUCGUGGAGGUUAUGUGGAGCUGGUGAACGUGGAUCCGGCGGUGCAGAAAUAUAUUCAGACUCUUUUCUCCACUCGCUCCUGUCCUCCUGUUCCUGGACAAAUCGCACUCCAGCUCAUGGCGGAUCCUCCCAAACCUGGAGAUCCUUCAUUCCCUGCAUUCACUAAGGAGGUUCAGUCCAUCAGACAUGUUGUGUGCAGAAACGUGCGGCAGAUUCAGGAGGUGUGCAGGGAGCUGCCGGGAGUGCGCUGUCAGCCGCUGAAGGCCGGCUUUUUUGUCUACCCGCGUCUCCAGAUCCCUCCAAAGGCAAUAAAAUGGGCAAAGGAGCACCAGAUGAAGGCAGAUAUGCUGUACUGCAUGCGUCUGCUGGAGGAAGAAGGUCUGCAUGUGAGACCCGGCUGUGAAUAUGGGCAGGCAGAAGACACCUACCACAUCAGGCUGUUUGUGGGAACUCAAGCGGACACCAUGGAGGCCGCUCUGCAGAGACUGAAGACCUUCCAUACACGCUUCCUGGAGGACUUCUCCUAAAUUAAAUGAACACCAGUUCAGAUGAUGAGACUGCUUUCAAAAUCAAAUCAAAUAUGCAUACAGAUGAAGACUGAAGUAAUAAUAAAUAUUUAAAAUUUUCAGAUACUUCCCAUAGUCAGAAACAGCACUGCUAUCAUGCUUUCCUUACUCAGAGUGUGUCUUGUUUCUAAUCCAAAUAUCUGAAAGCUCUUAAAUCAGUCAGCAUUUUCUAGACAAGCACAGAAUCUAGUGUUGUUUUCAGAAUAAUGAGUCAAAAUGAAGAGAGAUUUACAUUAAAACAAGCAAAUCUUGACAAAGAGGGAAGCAAAAUAAUGUUGUUUUUCAUUUUGACAUAAGAUUUUACUCCGCUUCCCCCACUGUCAGAUUAUUUUGCUUGUUUUAAUGAAAAACUCUCUUCAUUUUCACUCAUUAUUUCCCAAAAAAGACUAUAUUGUUGAAGAAAUUCCCCAUUAAACAGCCCUCGGGGAAUAUUUGAAGAUGAAUGAAACUGUCCCAUGAGGGCUGAGAUAGACGAUGAAGAACAUUUGGCUUCAGACUAGAAUAUAAUAGAUUAGAAUGCUUUAUCAAUGUUUUCAAGCAGAGCAAUAACAGUAUAAUGCUGUUUUAUCUGGAAUUAAUUAAUUAAGACUUGAUUUGAGGGGGGGAAUCAUGUUGAUCCUACAGUUUGGCAUGAUUUACAGGAAACAGUGUAAAUGAGUGGAUAAUGAGUUUAUUGUCAGGCAUAUUAAAAUGAAGAGAUAUUUGAUGACAUAUUAAAAGGAUCGCCGUUUGGCCAUUAAUUGAUCAUUUCUGCUCAUCUGAAAUCUUCAAACUUCACUGCUGUGGUAAUAUUUUCCAAAAUGAAAUAGAAAAGUGACAUGGAAAUAUAUACACGCUCUUUAUCUUCGGGUAAAUUAUUUAAUUAUGUAAAAAAAAGAUAAUAAAGCUUAUUUUCAGCAUUUCAGUCAUUAAAAACUUGCAUUUCGUUUACUUUUGGGAAACAUUUAUAUAUUAUUUUAGAAUAUUCUCAUCAAAUUAAUUUUUUAUUUGCCUUUUUGUAUCUUAAUUGUUAUUAUUAUUUUAUGGAAACCUGCCUUGGGAUUUUUAAUUUUACAUAUAAUGUAACAUAUAAAGUCUUCAAAGGUCACUGGUUCGAGUCCCCGCUGGGUCAGUGAGACCUAGUGCAGUGCAAUCUGAGCUGCAUCCAAUGCUUUUUAAUGCGCUCACCUAACCCCAGCCAUCACAUUGCUUUUAUUUGUGUCUGACAUUGCAUCACUGAGUGUUGCAGUCUCAGCUUGCAUCAUAAAGGCUGAAUCCAGAUACCAUUGGGAUCAGUUGGUGUUUCUGUGUGGAGUUUGCAUGUUCUCCUCGUGUUGGCGUGGGUUUCCUCCGGGUGCUCCGGUUUCCCCCACAGUCCAAACACAUGGGCUAUAGGGUAAUUGAUCAACUAAACUGGCCACUGUGUGUGUAUGUGCAGUGGUGUUUCCCAGUGAUGGGUUGCAGCUGGAAGGACAUCCUCUGUGUAAAACACAUGCUGGGUAUGUUGGUGGUUCAUUCUGCUGUGGUGACCCUUGUUAAUAAAGGGACUAAGCCGAAAAGUAAAUGAAUGAAUGAAUGAAUAAAUAUUUGGAUGACUUAUAAGUAAGCCCACACAGAAUCUGUGCGCAGAUCUGCAGAUUUUUAGCCCAUCUUUGAGCCCACGGAUUUACUUGUGUAAAUGUGUGUACAUUUAUAUUUAUUCAGUUUUUAAAUUAAUUUCACUAAUAUUAUUGUGAUAUAAUAAUA